CCGGAAGCGCGCGCGGCGGGCGGAGCGCGGGUCCGAGACCACAACCCUGCAAAGAAAUAAUUCUCCGUGUUCUCUGUGACCUCCUGACCUGCAAGCUGGGAGCAAAUAAGGCACAGGAUGCUCCGGCUCCGGUUGCUCCCCGUGGCCGCGGGGCUGGCGGCCGUGUCGCGGCGUUACCACAGCACAGCCCAGCACCCCGGCGCCAGGCGUAGGCUCGUGCUGGCAGCUUUCAUCGGCACGACUGCAGCCACAGCCAGCGCCAGGUUCCUCUGGCAGAGGGCCUACGCAGAAGACUCUUCCUCUGUAAAGCACGGCCCGAGGGCAGAGCCAGGGGAGAAGGUGAAGCACGAGGAGGAGGAGGAGGAGAGCAGCAGCGAGGGCAGGAAGGCGGUUGCUUCGGGCGAUGAGGAGGCACAACCGGAAGGGAAGAAGAAGAAACGUUCGGGGUUCAGAGACCGUAAGGUGAUGGAAUAUGAGAACAGGAUCAGAGCCUACUCCACGCCGGACAAGAUCUUCAGAUACUUUGCCACGUUGAAAGUGAUCAACGAGCACGGGGAGUCGGAGGUUUUUAUGACACCACAGGACUUUGUGAGGUCCAUAACACCCAACGAAAAGCAGCCAGAGAACCUGGGCCUGGACCAGUUCAUAGUGAAACGCUACGAUGGGAAGAUACGGGUUAAAUUUUCAUCUAAAUUAUUAGCUGAGCUCAUCCCCACUCUGCAGCCACACACAAUGAAGCUGUCCCAGGAGCGGGAGAAGUUUGCUGACGAGGACAGCAUAUUUUAUGCCCUUGGAGAAUGUGGACUCAUCUCUUUCUCCGACUACAUCUUCCUCACCACGGUCCUUUCCACUCCCCAGAGGAAUUUUGAAAUCGCCUUUAAGAUGUUUGAUCUGAACGGUGACGGCGAGGUGGACAUGGAAGAGUUUGAGCAGGUGCAGAGCAUCAUUCGCUCCCAGACCAGCAUGGGGAUGCGCCACAGGGACCGCUCCACCACGGGGAACACCCUCAAAACCGGCUUCAACUCCGCCCUCACCACCUACUUCUUCGGGGCAGACCUGAAGGGCAAGCUCACCAUCUCCCACUUCCUGGAAUUCCAGCGCAAGCUGCAGCACGACAUCCUCAAGCUGGAGUUUGAGCGGCACGACCCGGUGGAGGGGCGGAUCACGGAGCGGCAGUUCGGGAGCAUGCUGCUGGCCUACAGCGGGGUGCAGUCCAAGAAGCUCACUGUCAUGCUCAAACAGCUCAAGAAACACUUCCAGGACGGAGAGGGGCUGACAUUUGAGGAGGUGGAGAACUUCUUCACUUUUCUGAAGAACAUAAACGAUGUGGACACAGCUUUGAGCUUCUACCACAUGGCUGGAGCUUCUCUGGAUAAAGUGACCAUGCAGCAGGUGGCCAGGACGGUGGCCAAGGUGGAGCUGUCAGACCACGUGUGCGACGUCGUGUUCGCGCUCUUCGACUGUGACGGGAACGGGGAGCUGAGCAACAAGGAGUUCGUUGCCAUCAUGAAGCAGCGGCUGAUGAGAGGCCUGGAGAAGCCCAAGGACAUGGGCUUCACUCGGCUCAUGAGGGCCAUGUGGAAGUGUGCCCAGGAGACGGCGUGGGAUUUCACGGCGCCCAAGCAGUAGCGGGGUCGGGGAGGAGCUCCCACAUUCCCUGGAUCAGCCCUGGCGCCACAGCAGGGUGGCCCCGGGCUCUGGCUGUCCAUGACAGGAGGUUUUUGUAAAUCCAAGGUGUAGAUAUCCCAGCCUGUUGUUGUUAUUUGCAGCUUCUGCUUGCUGCUGGCUCCCUGAAAUUCCACUCACUCAGGGAAAAAGAAGGGACUUCCACUGCCACCACCCCCGUGCUGUGCUGUGUGGGAGAGCUGGAGGUGGAGCAAGCUGAACCCCAAUCACCUCUGUUAAUGCUACGACAAAACAACACCAAGGGUUAUCUUUGUUCUUACACUGCUCCUAAGGGAAAGAUCCCUGGGUUUCCUGGAUCCCACACCAGGAUUUCAGAUGGCCAAGCGCUCCGUGCCCUCCCCCUGGCCUGGAGGGUGCACCCCUUGGGCCCAGGUGCUGCCUUGGGGUAAGAGCAGCGAAAAGUGGUGGAGCAGCUGACUCUGCUGCCCUUCCUGCCUCACAGGAGGUCCCUGAUGGAUUUCCUCAAGGGAGAGCCCUCUCUGUGGGGAAUUUGUCACGGGAAUGUGGUGACAGAUGUCUGCUGAGUGCUGCCCUCUCUGUAAAGUGUCCUGUAAAGGUGUUGCUCACAACAA